UGUUGUGGGAUUUGCGUUUGGGUUUCUAGAACCAGAACAAAUCGAAAUUCUUCCGGACAUAACAUAUACAUAACACAAACAUGAUCAUCUGCGGACUUGUUCUUCUUUCAAUUCAGUUUCAUUUCCUCCAUUUCUAUCCAUCUAUCCCAAAACCCUAACUUCUGGGUCGUAGCCGUCUCUCUCUCUAUCUCUCUGUCCGGGACCUGAAGAUCAGUUCCCCAUCUGGGAUUGAAUUUCGACGGCUGAAUUGUAAUUCAGUGUCUCGGAAUAAUGAAUAAUUGCUGGGUCGAUGUUGGUUUUUGGAUGGGAAGCGUGUGGAAUUUAGUUUGGGUUUUCGAAUUAUUGUGAAUAGAUUCCGAUCUUGCAGGGGGUUUCGCUUUUAGUUUUGAAGAAUUUUCUGCUGAAAGGUUUAAUUUUGCUUCUUGUUUUAGCGUGAAUGUAGUCGUAGUCGGAGAUUGUCUGCGUGUGUAGAUUUUAAUUGCAAGGACAAUAAUGGAGGCUAACGUGUGUGACAUUAAUCGCUUGGAGGGCGAUGUCCUGCUUCCUCCUCGAAAACGCCUUCUUGCCGGCUUGAAGAAGCAGAAUCCCAAUGGAAAAUCUCAUAUUCUCUCCGUGUUUCCUACUGCUUCGAGUGAAUUUAAUACGCGGCUUAAUAAUCUAUUGAGCUCUCAUUUGAAUGACCCAAAUCUAUCAACCGAGGACAUUGCCGAGGCAUCCAAAUCGGCAGCUGUAGCUGCAGUUAAGGUUGCAGAGGCUGCUAGAGCUGCCGCUGAAGAGAAGGCUGCAGUGGCAGCAAAGGCAGUGGCUGCUGCCAAAAGUGCUUUAGAAUUGGUUGCAUCCUUUUCUGAGGAGGCAGCUUCCAAGGAAAGACACCUGAAAAGGAACAAGUUGAAGAAGCAAGUCCCCGUUCAGCUCCUGUACAGGAAGCAUGAACAGGUGGAGGGUCGCUCGACUGAUGAAGAAUUAGCCCGUAAGUUGCAUAGAGACAUGAACAGCUCCCCAAGAAUUUCGAAGAAUUGUUCAAGUUCCGAUUGGAAGAAUAACAAACACAAGAAGCCUAAAACCAUUAACAUGGUUGAAAAGACUAGGGUCCCCAAUGGGAGUAUAGUGUUGGAAAGAAGCUCCUCUUCUACAUGCAAUGGACAUGCUGUUGAGGGUAUGGCGGAUUCUGAAGGGUCUAUCCGAGAGGUAUACACUGUCAAAACAAACCAAAAGGGAUUGAAAUCGAAAAAAGCGAAUAAAUUGGAGAUCAAUAUCAGAGAGGUGGAAGCUGGUCAUUCAAAAGAGAAAAUAUCAGAAAUAUUAGAUGAUGCAUGUACCGUUGGUAAAAAGAGGGGAAGGAUUAAGCUAAAGAAGUUGCCUUUAAGCAUUUGUACAUUCAGGGAUCAAGCAAACCCUAAAGAAGAGAUGAAAGCUAGACACUCCCCAUUGACUGAAGAGAACAGGGGCAAAUCUGCUGGUGGUAAUGAGUCUUUGCUUUCGGUGGAGUCUUCUGCUAGUGGUGUGAUGCCGAUUGAGGCAGCAUCAGUGUGGAAAUGCCAGGAAUUCAAGGCACCUGAGUGCGUUAAACAAAAUAAAAUCAAGUCAUGAGAACAUAUCCUACGUGGUGAUAGGUGGCUACCCUGUACUGUGGUGGACAUCGAUAGGAGAGGUAGGAUCCUUUAUCUUCUUGUAGCAAUAGUCUCUCAUCUGUGUCUCUAUAUAUUUGUGUCUGGCAUUGUAAUGAAAUUGAACUCAUAAAUGUAUAUUUUUUUAUCUCAUUGCUUGUAGUAUGCAUUACAUUUCAGAAUAUUUCCUUUUUCUCUUAUUGACAGCAAAGGUGGAAUUUGAGAUAUGGGAAUUAUGCAGUCAGUUUGAUAUGAUUUUGUUUUUAUGCUGUUACAUGUCUGUGCUGCUCUUUAUGCUGCUGAUGGAUGCAGUAAACGAUAGUGAUUUAUUUGGAGAUACAUCCUUUAGCAAAUAAAUUGUAACAGGCUUAGUCACAAUUGGAGGAGUACCAGUGUUGGGUAGAGGGUUUAAUGAGCUGGUCUGGAAUGGAACGCUGUUUGUGAACAUGGAAUAUAAUAAUUGUAGCCAUAAGGUGGCUCUUUUCCUUUCACCAAUCUUGGGUUCUUCACUUCUUUGUUAUAUAUGUUAGAGAUGGUUUUGUAAUUAUUAAGAAUAUUUUCAAAGACUUUUUUCUUUUCCUGAAGAA